AUGCACUCCCCUUCGCAUCCGAACAGAGGCGUGCCCCCCCCCGGUCCCGAAACAGCCAUUCGCAACCCAUUAAGGGCGUCCUCGCUAAGGGCUUCCUCGGAAAACGCGUUCCCCGGCCCCAUUGCUUCCCCCUCAGGUAGACCGUCCGAUUCCGUCCUCACCGAUCUCUCUUCCGCCAUUGCUCUCUGCAACCGCAUCGUCCAUCUCUCAGGCCCUUACCCUACCUCUACUUCCCCUCACCGGCACUCCGCAUCCCUCCCCACUUCCCCCUCCGCCUCCCCUUUCCGCGCGACCGGCCCCCCUCUUCCCCCCAUUCGGAACGCCGCCCUCCGUAUAGCUGCCGAACGUGUUUCGAAACGAACCAAGCAGCUCCUGCCGAUCCUGAUUCAACUGCAAGGCCCGGCAGCCGCGAACCUCGUUUCCGACCCUCGAGCGUCAUUUAUCAUCCAACGGCUGUUAACGGAGCUAGAAACCACUGUAGCUGCCCUCGAGGCGUGUAACAGAUCCAGCAAAUCUCCACUGGCAGGCCUGUUCCGCUUCUUUGGCAGGCAGCAUUUGUCUUUAUCCGCCUUCUCUUCCAAACCCCGUACUGGUACCCAUGCCAAACCUCUUGCCGGACCUAAUCCGGGUUCCACCGUUUACAGGCGCACUCAGAGUGUUGGGGGGAGAAGCUCACUGGACGGGGGGGAAGUUGACGGAGGAGGCGGCACAGGUGGGGGCGGAACAGGGGAAGGCGGAUAUGGAGGGGGAGCAGUGCGAGGGGGAGCAGUGGAAGGGGCAGAUUCUGGAGGAGGACGAGGAGAAACAGGUGAAGAUGCGGCGGCUACUGGGGCGGGUAGAGGUGAGCAGAGCGGUAGCAGGGGCGCGAGCAGCUGUGCUGGACCUGCGCGCGCUCCCACAUCCCCCAAGGCCUCCGCGGCCGCCGCCACCACCGCUGCUGCAGGGGUUGGCACUAGUGAUGAUGAUGAAGGAAGGGGUCGCGCUGCUGCCUCAGCCUCAGCGGCUGCUGCAGCGACUGCUCCCUCGGCUUCCAGUAAGCAAACCCCCAGUAGGCAAGGUUCCAGGAACAGCCGCACUCACAGCGGCACUAGAACCUCCAAUCCCCCCCUAGCAACCGCCCAACCAGGGUUGCCCCCCCCUCGCUCCCCCCCCCCUCUCCCCAUCUCCCGCCCCACAACCCCCCCACACCAGCCCACCCGCCUUCCCCUCUCAGCCGCCUCUUCCCCUCGUAGUUCCACCGCCACUGGCACUUCUCUCUUUACUGCCGGCCCGGCUGCCGCCCGCCAGCUGGUCGUCUCACUCUCCCGGGGAUCCGCGCUGGAAAAACGGACGGCGCUGACGGCGUUUUUGGAUUUAUCUGAGUCGUCGAAUGCGGGGAAACUGCACGUGACUGCAGCAGGGGUUGUUCCUGUGAUUGCUGUGCUGCUCAAUAUCCCGGACCUGGGAGCCAGCUUCGGCAGCAGCAGCUUCGGAAGCAGCGGGGGGGCAGCGGGGAUAGGUGGUGCAGGUGGUGCUGGUAGCGCGAGCAGGACUGGGAGUGGUACUACUACCAGGAGUGCUAGAACGUCGAGCAUAGGGGAGGAGCUUAAGCUAGUCUCUCUGCGACUUCUCCUAUCCCUCGUGUCUCUUGACGAGAACCGAGCAGUGGUGGUGAAAGCUGGGUGCGUGGCUAUCCUAGUCAGCAUCCUCCGAACCGGAGCGCCGGACCUGCGCGCUGUGGCUGCGCGGGUGCUUUGGAAGGUGGCAGUGGGGGGAGGGGGAGGGGGAGGGGGAGGGGGAGGGGGAGUGGGCGGUGGUGGCGACAACUCCAGGGCGGUGAUUGCUGCGAGUGAGGCGAUUCCGUCGCUGGUGGCGAUUCUGCAGUCGCAGACAGAUGCUGCCGUGAAGCAGGAUGCGGCUGAUGCCAUUGCGCACCUCACAGCCAACAACGAGAAGAACCAGGGAAUGGCACCCACCCUCCCUGGGGACGACAACUCCAGGGCGACAAUUGCGAUGGCAGUGGCAGAGGCAGGGGCCAUCCCAGCGCUGGUAACCAUGCUGAGGGACGGCAGCGCAGGCGAGCAGGAGCGAGCAGCUUUAGCGGUGGGCACGCUGGCAGUGAACAGCAGCGACAACAAGCUCGCCAUCGCGGCUGCCGGCGCCGUGCCUCUGCUGCUCGACCUCCUCUUCCACUCCGUUGCUGCUGCUGCUGCUGCUGCUGCUAACACUGCUUCUGCUGCUGCUGGUAGUGGUGGUGGUGGUGGUGCUGCUGCUGGUGGUGAUGCGGGGCAAACAGGGCAAGCAGGAGCCCCGCUUCCGCCCUUCCUCUCCCCUUCCUCCUCCGCCGCCUCUCCCCCGCUCCCUGCCGCCACCGCCAAGACCUGCACCUGGACCCUCUACGUCCUCUCCUCGGACUCAGUCCCCGCAUCGUUCAUCCUCGCUAAUGAUGGGCUCGAGAUAGUGUAUAAGGUGUACAAGGAAGGCCCGUCGGAGGCGCAGUUCUGGGCGGGGCACAUGCUGCAGCUGCUGGAUCCCACGUUCCGGCGCCCGGAGAAACAGUCGAGCAUGAGGAGCCACGAUUCGAGGCGAGGGGGGUUUGGAAUCGAAGCUUGGGGCACUGGGGAAGCCAAAGCCAAAAUUCAUGUGCUGUGGGUGACGUUUCGAGCCACGUUUCAAGACAGGAGUGAGAUUGGCACUGCUGAGUAG